ACGCUAAAUAAGCAUUAAAAUACCUCAGACAUUAAACUUAAAUUGUAUUUCCAAAAAUAUUGAAUGAACAUAUAAUGCUUUCCAAUCUGAUAGUGACCAAUCAAAAGGUCGUGCUGAUUAUCGAUGAACUCAAUCGAGAGCGCAUUGCACUUAAGUUCAUUGGCAGUUUACUGCACGAGCAGGGGCAGGAGGCGGACACUAUUAAGAUUAUGCCAACUGGCAGCCAACUGAAGCACGUGGCCACCUACGAAACGCUUCUCAACGAGUGCAGCAACAAUAAUAACAACGACAACAACAACAGUAGCCAAAAUGAGGCAAACAGCGAAACGACGGAUGCCUCAAAAACUGUGGAUGCCACCAACACAAAAACAAAUGGCUAUAAUGUCAUUUUGCCCACAUUAGCUGAUCUUUUGUGCUACCAGUCGCCUGCGUAUGUCUUUGAGUUCCUAAACAAGGUGCGUCGCUCUGAGCAUGUUCGUCGUGUCUUCCUGUGGGCGUCACCACAAAAUCUGCAGCAUCCGCAUGCGGAGUUCAUUCUAAAUGGCUGCGAGUACAUGGCUGAAUUGGUGCUACGUCUGGAAACAGAGACGCUGCUGUCCCUCAUCUCCCGUAAGCCGGGUGGGGGAGUGAGCAAUAAACGCUAUUCCUGUCAAGUGAGCAAAACACAGUUCCAGGUCACGGCAUUGGAGACAACCGAAAGUCAUACCACGCCCAAGACCACAGUCGAGAGUCCACCUUUGGAGCCAGCUGGUGGUACCUUUAAAAUUGAACUGGAUGAAGAUGAAGUGAUGGCACGAAAUGCCCUCACAUUGCCAUAUGAACGCACCAGCGAACCUACUGAGGGUAAUAUCAUCUAUACACCUGAUGCCAAUGAUGAUUUUGAUGAGGAGGAUCCCGAUGAGGAUCUGAACUUGUAAACCUAGCGAUCAAUAGAGAUAAAGAGGCAGGUUGCAGGAUGCUGCUGCACAAGCAAAACCCAACAACGGCAGUACAAAUGGCUUUGGCUUUAAGUCUGUUUAAGUCUAAGCCCUCCUAUAAACAAAACAAAUGAAAUAAGUUUUUAACCGGGUCCCCGUACUUUGUUCCCUCCGGAGAAUAUUCCAUCAGCAGUUUGAUUUUUGUAUUAAUGCGUUUCAUAUUUCAAAUUUUAAUCAAUUUAUAACCGUUUAGAAAUUGUACAUACAUAUAUAAGAUUUUUUGAAUGAAGAACGGCUUACACGAUUUUUAUAGAGAGUGUAAAUCACCAUAAAUGAAGAAUAGCAUAGACUUUUGAA